UCAUCAAUGCUUACCUGGGCACUAUGGAAAUCCAUCUCUCGGUAGCGAACUUGGUCAAUGUCAUCCAUGCGCUUGUCCAACGAUUGAAAACAGUCAUUCUGCUCAAUGUAGUCUAACGCAGCUUAUUGUUGGUGGUGCCGCAGCGUACGGUAAAGACGCGUACGUUUGCACGGCUUGUGAAAAUGGUUAUGAUGGCAAUAAAUGCGAAAUUUGUGCGGAUGGUUUCUUCGGGAAUCCGUUAGCAAUGAAUGGUACUUGUGAGGUAUGUAAUUGUAGCGGUAACAUUGAUCCAAUGACUAUUGGAAAUUGUGAUCGAGAAACGGGAAAAUGUUUGAAAUGCAUUUACAAUACAGCUGGUGAUCAUUGCGAAGAAUGCAAGGAGAAUCAUUGGGGUAAUCCGAAGGAUAAAUCAUGUCGACCUUGCGGAUGUCAUCCUAAAGGCUCCUAUUCUGCCACAUGCAAUAAAUCAACUGGCAUUUGUAAUUGUCAUGAAAAUUAUGUUGGAAUGCAAUGCAAUCGAUGUAAGGAUGGACAUGGCGAUAUUGAAAAUAUGUGCCCUGCUUGUAACUGCAACAUGACCGGUUCUUUUAAUAGUCAAUGUGAUGAAGUAUCUGGCCAAUGUGCCUGUAAGACAGGUGUAUUUGGCAAACAAUGUGAUAUGUGUAGAGCAAGUUAUUUCAAUUUUUCCGAGAGUGGUUGUCAAUUUUGUCACUGUAAUUCAUAUGGUGCGGUGGAUGAUGGCCGAUGUGAUAAUGUAACCGGAAAAUGUGAAUGUCGCCAAAAUGUUGGAGGAAAAAUGUGCGAAAAAUGUGUAGAUGGUUAUUAUAAUAUA